UCCAUGGAAACACCGCAAGUGUCUACUCCAACACCCGGGACUUCCGUUUCGGUCCAGCAGGGCUGCGGCCAUUGUUUGUGUGGACCGAGUGUUUUGGUCAUCCCGGUCCACUCUCUCAGGUUCCGUUAAGUGACGUGAACUCUCGGGAGGACUAAGCCAGAAGCGGACAAGAGCAGGACGAGCUGUGUUUGAAGGAAGAGUGACAGAAAAUCGAGGGUCUGGGACUGAGAAGCGACUCCGGUUUAGAAAUCCCGGAGACACCCGUGUAGGAACCUACCUGUGAUCAGCAAGGAAGGACUGGGGUGACAAAGGCUCAUGCCCCCAUUUUACAGGUAAGGAAACUGAGGCCUUGGAGAUUUAGAAGUUUGGUCCUCUUUAAAGUUCUACAAGUUCUUGAUGCAGAAUUGAGACUGAUCAGGACCUGGGAGCCCCAGUUCUGGGCUACUUCUCUAAGACUCCAGUUCAGCCAUCUCAGCACUCUACCCUUCCCUAGAAGAGGAGCACAAAGGAGGAAGGAAUGUACACUGCUUUCCUCAGAGCCUGAUCCCAGCCCUUCCUGGAUUUGUUUAUCUUUUUAAUUGACGUGUUAGAAAAAUAGAGAGAAAGCCUGAUCUUUGGCCAGAUGGCAGUAACAUUUGAAGAUGUGACUAUUAUUUUUACUUGGGAGGAGUGGAAAUUUCUGGAUUCUUCUCAAAAAAGGCUCUACAGGGAAGUCAUGUGGGAGAACUACACAAAUGUCAUGUCAGUAGGAAACUGGAAUGAGGGCUACAAAUCCCAAGAAGAAAAAUACAGAUAUUUAGAAUACGAAAAUUUUUCCUGCUGGCAAGGCUGGUGGAAUGCUGGCACUCAGAUAUAUGAGAUUCAGAACUAUGGGGAAACUAUUCAAGGGGAAGAUUCCAAAGACCUAAAACAGCAAAGUUUUUCCCAGUGUCAGAAAUGGUUAAUAUUCUCUACACAAGUACCAGGGUAUGGGAACUAUGAACUAACUUUUGAAAGCAAAAGUCACAGGAACUUAAAAUAUAAAAGCUUUACACCUUGGCAGUCCUUAGAAACAAAAACCAUUCAAGACUGUGGUAGAGAAAUCUACAUGAAUGGUUCACAUGGUUUUCAAGUGGGCAGAUGCCGUCCUGGUAUAUCCAGGAAAAACCUCUCCAUGGAAAAAGAACAGAAGCUCAGAGUUCAGCAUUCUUAUAUCCCAAUGGAGGAAGCCCUUCCACAGUACAUUGGGGUGAUAUGUCAAAAAGACCUGCUGAAAGAUUCGAUGGAAGAGAAAUACUGUGGAUGUAAUAAAUGUAAAGAAAUUUAUUAUUGGAAUUCACAGUGUGUUUUUCACAAAAGAAAUCAACCUGGAGAAAACCUCUAUCAAUGUUCCAUCAGUAAAGCAUGCUUCUCUCAGAGAUCAGACUUGUAUAGACAUCCAAGAAUCUACAUAGGUAAGAAGCUGUAUGGAUGUGAUGAAGUCAACAGUAACUUUCAUCUGAGCUCAGGAGUUCACUUUUAUCAGAGAGUUGACAUAGGGGAGGCACCUUAUAGCUGUAAUGUGUGUGGUAAGAGCUUCAGCCGGAUCUCUAGUCUUCACAAUCAUCAAAGAGUCCACACAGAAGAGAAACUCUAUAAAAUUGAGUGUGAUAAAGACCUCAGUAGAAAUUCAUUAAUUCACAUUCACCAGAGACUUCAUGUAGGAGAGAAGCCUUUUAAGUGCAGUCAGUGUGGCAAGAGUUUUAGUCGGAGUUCAGUACUUCAUGUUCAUCAGAGAGUCCACACAGGAGAAAAACCAUAUAAGUGUAAUGAGUGUGGUAAGGGCUUCAGCCAGAGCUCUAAUCUUCGAAUUCAUCAGUUAGUACACACAGGAGAGAAGUCUUAUAAAUGUGAAGACUGUGGUAAGAGCUUUACCCAACGCUCAAAUCUUCAAAUUCAUCAGAGAGUGCAUACAGGAGAGAAACCUUAUAAAUGUGAUGACUGUGGAAAGGACUUUAGUCACAGCUCAGAUCUUCGCAUUCAUCAGAGAGUCCAUACAGGGGAGAAACCCUAUACUUGUCCUGAAUGUGGGAAGGGCUUCAGUAAGAGUUCAAAGCUUCACACUCAUCAAAGAGUACACACUGGAGAGAAACCCUAUAAAUGUGAAGAGUGUGGCAAGGGAUUCAGUCAACGUUCACAUCUUCUCAUUCAUCAGAGAGUCCAUACAGGAGAAAAGCCCUAUAAAUGUGAUGACUGUGGAAAGGGUUUUAGUCACAGUUCUAAUCUUCAUAUUCAUCAGAGGGUCCAUACAGGAGAGAAGCCUUAUCAAUGUGCUAAGUGUGGUAAAGGUUUUAGUCAUAGUUCAGCUCUUCGAAUUCAUCAAAGAGUCCACACAGGAGAGAAACCUUAUAAAUGCCAUGAAUAUUAUAAGGGAUUUGAUCAUAAUUCACAUCUUCUUACUAAUCAUAGAAGAGAAAACUUAUAAAUGUUGUUCAUUUAGUUAACAGCCUUAAUCAAAGUUUACCCAACCUUUCAACUCUAUAAAUGCUGCUGGUAAGGAAAUCCUAUAAAUAACACAGGUAAUAUCAAGCAAGAUUUAUCAUUUCCCAUAUUUCCCACUAAGAAUUAUUUCCUUCAAAAAAAGAUCCUUAGAAAAAUCCCUAUAUAUUUAAAAUUACAGUGUAUUUUUCUUUACCUACUAUAAAUAUAAUAUGCAAUCAUAAAAUAUAUUAAACAUUUAAGGAGAAAACUUCAUCCUGUUUCAUUCUAGUCUUUUUUUCUGUGCAUUUUAAUGUGCAUGAAAAUAUAUUGUGUGUUCAACUUUGUGUUUUCACUGACUUCAAAACAUUUACUUAAAUUUUGUUUUGAAUUGAAACUGGCCAUCUGUUAAACAACAUCCCUUAACUACCCUAAAAAAAUCCCUAGGAAGUCACAGAAAAGAUGAAAACACACAAAACUUAAAACUCAGUUUUGACCAGUAGAAUUCAAUUAUUUAUGGACAAAAUCCACCUAAUGAAAGAUAGGAAA